CCUCAGCUCCAUCUAAUACUUUCCUUUUUAUUUUGCAGGACUGAUUGAUUGAUUGAUUGAUUCGGGGAAUUCUGAGAAAAGACACUGCAGACGUUUCAUCGUGUAGUGGCUUCAUCAUAUGUGACAGAAUAUUACAUAGUAACUAAUGAUGCACCGGAAUCUUGUUUUUCCUUUUUGUUGAUAUGAUUUAUCUGAUUUUACUUCCGUUUUGCUUUAUUUUAUUUUAAAGAUUUGGUCUAUGCAUUGUAUUUUAUCAUUUUAAUCUUUUUUUUUUUAUUUUUUUUUUUUACAUCCAUCAUCAUAAUGCACAUUCCGGUUCCACCUUCCCCCAUAAAACCCGCCGUGGUCCCAUCAGUACAGCUGGGGGUCACGGUUUUUUACACUUGUCUUUAUGGGGGUUUGUUUUUAGUCGUAUACGUUCAGCUCUGGUUGCUGUUACUCUACCGGCAUAAGCGAUGGAGCUACCAGAGUAUUUUUCUUUUUCUUUGCCUGUUCUGGGCAGCGCUUCGCACAGCGCUCUUCUCGUUUUAUUUUCAUAAUGCCCUUGCGGCCAACCUCCUGCCCACUCCAGUCUACUGGCUCCUUUACUGCUUCCCAGUGUGCUUACAGUUCUUUACCCUGAGCCUCUUCAACCUUUACUUCACUCAGGAGCUGCUCAAAGUUAGAAGCGUAUUCAGCGUUGAGCCCAGGAAAGGACUAUGGGUGGCACGAUGUGUGUAUGCCAGCAUGAGCGUCAUCUUCCUGUGUGUCAAUAUAGUUUGCGCAAGCCUCGGACAGCAUGGCUCUUCCGAUGGAGCUGGAGACAAUACUUGGAGGCUGGUUCUGGUUCGGGUGCUGGUUAAUGACCUACUGUUCAUUCUAGAAGCUGUGUGUCUGGCCACAUCUCUGCUCCUCUUAACUCGUUCUUCGCACCCUACCACUCCUUAUAUACGCACUAAGGGGCUUUGUCGGACUGUGGUGCUGGGGGCAGGUGUCAUCUUGCUCUUCUCUAGCAGGGCAUGCUACAAUCUUGCUGUGCUGGUUUUGUCUCAGAAUCAUAAAGUCGAGGCGUUUGACUAUGACUGGUACAACAUCUCUGAUCAGGCUGACCUUCAGAGUGAGCUCGGAGACAGAGGCUACAUUAUCUUCGGCGCUGUUCUCUUUAUUUGGGAGCUGCUUCCUACCAGCCUGCUCAUUCUCAUCUUCAGAGUUCGCCAGCCUCCUCAAGAAAAGAACUGCAGCCCAGCGAUGUGCAACACACGAGGCUCGCGCUCAUAUUUCUUUGACGAUCCUCGUGGAAUGGAUGACACAGGUGCUCUCUGGAGUCACAGCAUCAAUCCUCAUAGCAGCUGGUUUGGAUCCAGUGAGACGACUCCACUCCUCUUCAACCGGACUCCGCAGAGUAACCAGCACCACUCUCUCUAUUCCACUCCUCAGACCUGAACGCUACACAAAGCUGCAGAGAUCUUCUCUGACCUUCUCAGGCGAUAGUACAGCAUUACCUCUUCCUGUGGAGAAGCUCAUUGGGUUUGUUUGCACUAAUAUUCAUCAGAAGUAUCUGUACUUCUGAAGUUGCACCUUGACUUUUGACUAGUUAGACUAGAUGCUUGUGAUUAAAGGGACCAGUUGGCAAUUUUCUUUAAGGAGUAAAGGAAGAGUUAUAACACUCACCUUU